AUGAACGGCACAGGCUGCAACUCCAUCCACACGGCCAAAAAAAUGCACUGCAUGAAUCAAGGCAACCGCAACAGCAAGUCGGCUACAAGCUUUGACGCUUUGCCCGAUGAAAUCGUGGUCACAGUAAUCGCUGCUGUUGCAGCGUCAGCUGUUGCACCGGCAGAUCUUGCAUCCGCAUUCUUGACGUGCAAGCGAUUCUGGACUCUUGGGAAGAGCAGGCACGUGAGGAACAAGGUGUCGCACCUUGGCUUGGCCGUCCGAGCUAGGAACUGGUCCCUUCACGCCGAUCGUUUCCUGCAAAGUUGUGCCGAAGCUGGUAAUAUCGAUGCCAGAUACUUACUGGGAAUGAUUCGUUUCUACUGCAUAAGCGACAGAAACGCUGGAGCAGAUCUAUUGCUAUCUGCUGCAUUUGGUGGCCUAAAGGAAGCAAUCUACUCACUAGCAGUGAUUGUAUUCAAUGGAAGUGGAGGAACGAGGGAAAGCCGCGACAUCGGAGCCGCCGUAGCUCUCUGCGCACGGGCGGCGAGCUUGGGUCACGUCGACGCCCUACGCGAGCUUGGUUUCUGUAUACACGAUGGGUACGGAGUUGCUAGGUCCGUACCUGACGGGCGUAGACUAAUCGUCCUGGCGAAAGCAAGGGAGAUGGCCGAAGCUGCAACUGGGUCAGCUUCUCUCAGUGGUUUCACCCCACUCAAGAAACAAGACGUAGCAAGCAGAUUCAUGGUGGAGUGGGCAGAGCGUAGGAGGGCUGAAAACAAGGAGGGAGCUGAUAGAGACGCUCCACACGAGGGAGGCCCAUCCGACGGGCAGCUACGCAUGUGUGCAAAUAAACUAUGCGGGAGAGAAGAGACGAGGGGGAGGGAGUUCAGACGAUGCUCUGUUUGCGCUUCAGUGCACUACUGCUCACGCGCAUGCCAGGCCAGGGACUGGAUCCAGUCACACAAGGCUAACUGCGCCCAAGAACAAGCGCUGUAAUUCAUGUUGUAAACGUUUCU